GAGCCAUCCGCUCUCUUAUUCAUAAGCACGCCCGCGAAACCUCCCGCGACCCUCUGUUUCUUCUUGCACUCUCGACACAAUCGCUACAAGCUGCUUGCAGGAACAUCGCGAGCCCAACACAAGGCCUGUUCCACCAGCCCUUCUAGCAAACUUGAUCCGAAUACCAGAGCAACAGCUCCCAAGUUCACGCCUCGAGCGACCCCGCCACUCCCCCAUAUCGAUACCGCAACCCCACCACCACCACCAACGAACCCAGAACUUCGGCCUUUCGCCGAUAUAAUGGGUCGGGUCUCGUUCGCCGAAGAUACAAAGUUGCCCCAGGAACCCCAGAUCGAAGAGGAGCAAAGCUCGGUAUUUGCUUAUCAAGAUGGCCCCGAGAACAAGUCUUGGGCAGGCGCACUGCCCUUGAAGCAGGGUCUGUAUGACCCGGAGCUCGAGAAGGAUGCUUGCGGUGUCGGUUUCGCUGCUCACAUCAAGGGCAAGGCCAGCCACAAGAUCGUCUCCGAUGCCCGUUCGUUGCUAUGCAACAUGACACAUCGAGGAGCCGUUGGCUCUGACGCACGCGAUGGUGACGGUGCCGGUGUAAUGACCUCCAUCCCCCAUCGCUUUUUCCUCAAGGAGUUCGAGCGCGAGCAAGGCUACAAGCUACCAUCGCUUGGCCAGUAUGCCACUGGUAACCUUUUCUUCAAGCCGGACGCCAACAUCUUGGAUGAGACCAAGACCAUGUUUGAGGACGUUGCAGACCAGCUUGACUUGAGGGUGCUCGGAUGGCGAACAGUGCCCCGCGAUUCCACACUUCUUGGACCCGCGGCACUUUCACGAGAGCCCAUCAUUCUCCAGCCGUUUGUCGUUUUGAAGUCCGCCUACGGCGACGCCCGUGAGCCCAAGGCUGACUUCCAAGAGAAGUAUGACAACGCAUACUUUGAGCGACAACUGUAUGUCAUGCGAAAGCGGGCUACACACGUCAUUGGCCUCCACAACUGGUUCUACAUUUGCAGCUUGUCAAACAAGAACAUUGUCUACAAGGGUCAACUUUCUCCUGUUCAGGUCUACGAGUACUACCACGACCUGCUCAACGUUGACUACGAGGGUCACUUUGCUCUGGUGCACUCUCGAUUCUCUACCAACACAUUCCCCAGCUGGGACCGUGCUCAGCCUCUGCGAUGGGCUGCUCACAAUGGUGAGAUCAACACCCUGCGAGGAAACAAGAACUGGAUGAGGGCCCGCGAGGGUGUUAUGAAGUCCAGCCUUUUCGGCGAGGAGCUUGAUCUCCUUUACCCCAUCGUCGAGGACGGUGGUUCCGACUCUGCAGCUUUCGACAAUGUCCUUGAGCUGCUCACCAUCAACGGUGUUCUGUCACUCCCAGAAGCAGUCAUGCUUAUGGUUCCAGAGGCAUGGCAGGGCAACCACACUAUGGACCCCGCUAAGCAAGCCUUCUACGAGUGGGCUGCCUGCAUGAUGGAGCCUUGGGAUGGCCCUGCUCUCUUUACUUUCUCUGACGGACGAUACUGUGGUGCUAACCUCGACCGAAACGGUCUUCGUCCUUGCCGUUACUACGUUACUGAUGACGACCGCAUCAUCUGCGCGUCUGAAGUUGGUACCAUCUCUAUCGAGCCAGAGCGCGUUGUACAGAAGGGUCGUCUCCAGCCCGGUAGGAUGUUGCUCGUCGACACUGUCGCUGGCCGAAUUGUCGAUGAUGCCGAACUGAAGCAGACCGUCUCAGAGCGUGUUGACUUCCGCUCCUGGAUUCAGAAGAACCUGCUCACUCUUCCCAAGAUUGUUGAGCAGAUCAGCGCAAAGGGCGUUGAUCUUUCACACUCGCUCACCGAAACCAAGCUACAUGAGGACCCUCGUCUGCGAGCAUUUGGCUACUCUCUUGAGCAGGUCAGUCUCCUUCUUGGUCCUAUGGCUGCCGACUCAAAGGAAGCUCUUGGAUCUAUGGGCAACGAUGCUCCUCUGGCUUGCCUGGCUACCCAGCCUCGUCUGCUGUACGAGUACUUCCGUCAGCUUUUCGCCCAGGUUACCAACCCUCCCAUCGAUCCUAUACGUGAGGCGAUUGUCAUGUCUUUGGAGACAUACGUUGGUCCCCAGGGUAACCUUCUAGAGAUGGACGAGUCACAGUGUGGCCGUCUGCUUCUUCCAUCGCCCAUCCUGACCCUCGAAGAGUUCAAGGCCCUAACCAACACGCAUACUCUGCACUCUGACUGGACCGUCAAGUCCAUUGACAUCACAUUCCCCAAGAGCGAGGGACUCGAUGGCUACAUGAACGCUCUGGACCGAAUCUGCGAGGCUGCCACCGAGGGUAUCAAGGCCGGCGACAACAUCCUUGUCUUGACUGACCGCGCUGCUUCUGUUGACCGUGUUGCCGUAUCCGCUUGCUUGGCUACUGGUAUGGUUCACCACCAUCUCGUCCGCAACAAGUGGCGAUCCAACGCUGCUCUUGUUGUCGAGACUGGUGAGGCCCGUGAGGUCCACCACAUGUGUGUCUUGGUUGGAUACGGUGCUGAUGCCGUAUGCCCAUACCUUGCUAUUGAGUGUAUCCUGAAGAUGCACCGCGAGGGUGUCAUUCGCAAGAAGAUCAGCCCCGAACAGCUCAUCGACAACUACAAGCACUCUUGCGAUGGUGGUAUCUUGAAGGUCAUGAGUAAGAUGGGUAUCUCUACCCUCUCAUCCUACAAGGGUGCUCAGAUUUUCGAGGUUCUUGGUCUCGAUGACUCUGUCGUUGACCGAUGCUUCACUGGAACUGCUUCCCGUAUCAAGGGUAUGACAUUCGAGUUGAUCGCUUCCGAUGCUUUCGCUCUCCACGAGCGGGGUUACCCAUCGCGCGCCAUCGUUGAGGUUCCUGGUCUUGCUGAGACUGGUGAGUACCAUUGGCGUGACGGAGGUGAGCCUCACGUCAACGACCCCACUGCCAUGGCCAACAUCCAGGAUGCCGUCCGCACCAAGAACGACAAGUCGUACGAGGCAUACUCUAUUGCUGAGUAUGAGCGCAUCAAGGACUGCACCCUCCGUGGUCUCCUUGACUUCAACUUCGAUGACCGUGCUCCCAUCCCCAUCGACCAGGUCGAGCCUUGGACCGACAUUGUGCGCCGCUUCGUUACUGGUGCCAUGUCCUACGGAUCCAUCUCCAUGGAGUCCCACUCUACCCUUGCUGUUGCUAUGAACCGCCUUGGCGGUAAGUCCAACACUGGUGAGGGUGGUGAGGACCCGGAGCGCAGCUUGCGUAUGGAGAACGGUGACACCAUGCGCUCUGCGAUCAAGCAGAUCGCUUCCGGACGUUUCGGUGUUACCUCCAACUACCUUGCCGAUGCCGACGAGCUCCAGAUCAAGAUGGCUCAGGGUGCUAAGCCUGGUGAGGGUGGUGAGCUUCCUGGCCACAAGGUCUCUGGCUCCAUUGCUAAGACCCGUCACUCCACGCCUGGUGUCGGUCUCAUCAGUCCUCCUCCCCACCACGACAUCUACUCCAUUGAGGAUCUCAAGCAAUUGAUCUACGAUCUCAAGUGCUCCAACCCACGCGCUCGUGUAUCCGUGAAGCUCGUCUCCGAGACUGGUGUUGGUAUCGUCGCUUCUGGUGUGGCCAAAGCCAAGGCCGACCAUAUCCUCAUCUCUGGUCACGACGGUGGUACUGGUGCCUCUCGAUGGACUGGUAUCAAGUACGCCGGUCUUCCCUGGGAGCUGGGUCUUGCCGAGACUCAUCAGACUCUUGUUCUCAACGACCUCCGUGGUCGUGUCAUCGUCCAGACUGACGGUCAAUUGAGGACUGGACGUGAUGUCGCCAUCGCCUGUCUGCUUGGAGCUGAAGAGUGGGGCUUUGCUACCACGCCUCUCAUCGCCAUGGGUUGCAUCAUGAUGCGCAAGUGCCAUCUUAACACUUGCCCUGUCGGUAUUGCCACCCAGGACCCUGAGCUCAGGAAGAAGUUCGCUGGUACACCUGAGCACGUCAUCAACUUCUUCUACUACAUCGCCAAUGAGCUCCGUGCAAUCAUGGCCAAGCUUGGUUUCCGGACCAUCAACGACAUGGUUGGUCACUGUGAGGUGCUACGCAUCCGCGACGAUCUCCGCACUGCGAAGACUGAGAACAUUGACUUGUCUCUCAUCCUGACUCCCGCGCACACCCUUCGCCCAGGUGUUGCCACGUUCAACGUGCGCAAGCAGGACCACCGUCUUCAUGUCCGCCUCGACAACAAGCUCAUUGCUGAGUCCGAACUUGCUCUGGAGAAGGGUCUUCCUGCCCGCAUUGAGUGCGAUGUCGUCAACACUGACCGUGCUCUUGGUGCUACUCUCUCGUACCACAUCAGCAAGCGCUACGGCGAGGCUGGUCUGCCCCAAGACACCAUCCACGUCAACAUCCGUGGUUCUGCUGGCCAGUCUUUCGGUGCUUACUUGGCACCUGGUGUCACUCUUGAACUUGAGGGUGAUGCUAAUGACUACGUUGGUAAGGGUCUGUCUGGUGGACGUUUGAUCAUCUACCCUCCCCGCAACGCCGUAUACCGUGCCGAGGAGAACGUUCUUAUUGGUAACGUCUGCUUGUACGGUGCCACUCGCGGUACUUGCUUCUUCCGUGGUAUCGCUGCUGAGCGGUUCUGUGUCCGUAACUCUGGUGCUACGGCUGUUGUUGAAGGUGUUGGUGACCACGGUUGCGAGUACAUGACUGGCGGUCGUGUCCUUGUUCUUGGUUCCACUGGACGUAACUUUGCUGCCGGUAUGUCUGGUGGUAUUGCCUACGUCCUUGACAUCCACAAGGACUUCGAACAGAAGGUUAACCAGGAGAUGGUUGAGCUUUCCGGCAUCGAGGAGCCAGAGGAGAUUGCCUUUGUUCGCGGCCUCAUUGAGGACCACCACCAUUACACCGGCUCCGAGCUUGCCGCUCGCAUCCUCCUCGACUUCACCCGCGCACUGCCCCGCUUUGUCAAGGUCAUGCCUGUUGACUACAAGCGCGUGCUCCUGGAGGAGAAGGCAAAGGCUGCCGAGAAGAAGAAGUCUGAAUACCCUCUUCCUCUGCUCGCUGGCAAUGCUGUCCGCAACGCCCACGAGGAGUCUCGCAACAAGGAAGCUGAGACGGAGGCUAAGGAGAAGAAGAAGAGCGAUCUCCUCGACAUUGAAGAGAGUGUUACCGACGCAAAGGCUGAGAAGAAGAAGGCGCUCGUCCUUGACAAGACUCGCGGUUUCAUGAAGUACCAGCGUCGCUCUGAGAAGUACCGCAACCCCAAGACCCGUACUCGCGAUUGGGCAGAGCUCAACCAGCGUCUCAACGAGGACGAACUCAAGUACCAGACUGCUCGCUGCAUGGACUGUGGUGUACCCUUCUGCCAGUCUGACACUGGUUGCCCGAUCUCCAACAUCAUCCCGAAGUGGAACGAACUGGUCUUCCAGGGUCAGUGGCGCGAUGCCCUCAACCGCCUCCUCAUGACCAAUAACUUCCCUGAGUUUACCGGUCGUGUUUGCCCGGCUCCUUGCGAGGGCGCCUGUGUUCUUGGCAUUAACGAGGAUCCUGUCGGCAUUAAGUCGAUUGAGUGCGCCAUCAUUGACCGCGGUUUUGAGAAGGGCUGGAUGAUUCCUUCGCCACCCCAGACCCGUUCUGGCAAGACUGUUGCCAUCAUUGGUUCCGGCCCUGCUGGUCUUGCUUGUGCUGACCAACUCAACAAGGCUGGUCACACUGUCACCGUCUAUGAGCGUGCCGACCGUGUCGGUGGUCUCCUCAUGUACGGUAUCCCCAACAUGAAGCUUGACAAGAAGGUCGUUCAGCGCCGUGUCGACUUCAUGGCUGCUGAGGGCGUCAACUUCAAGACUGGUGUCACCGUUGGUGAGGAGGGUCAGACCAACCUCGAAGCUCUCCGCAAGGAGUACGACGCAGUUGUCUUCGCGACUGGAGCUACUGUCGCUCGUGACCUGCCCAUACCCAACCGCAACCUGGACGGCAUUCACUACGCCAUGCAGUUCUUGCACAAGAACACCAAGUCUCUCUUGGACUCCGAACUGGCUGACGAUGCUUACAUUUCGGCCAAGGACAAGCACGUUGUUGUCAUCGGAGGUGGUGAUACUGGUAACGACUGCAUUGGUACUUCCGUUCGCCACGGUGCCAAGUCUGUCGUCAACUUCGAGCUGCUGCCCCAGCCCCCAGCUGAGCGUGCUCGUGACAACCCAUGGCCUCAGUGGCCCCGUAUCUUCCGAACUGACUAUGGUCACAACGAAGUCAAGACCCACAUGGGCAAGGACCCCCGUGAGUACUGUGUCAUGUCCAAGGACUUCGUCGACGACGGUAGCGGCAAGGUCAAGGGUAUCAACACUGUCCGUGUUGAGUGGACUAAGUCUGCCUCCGGUGGCUGGGACAUGAAGCACGUCGAGGGUAGCGAGCAAUUCUUCCCUGCUGACCUUGUCUUGCUUUCCAUGGGUUUCUUGGGCCCCGAGCAGCGUGUCAUGAGCGACGUUAUCGAGCUUGACGGCCGCAAGAACAUCAAGACCCCUCCCGGCCACUACAACACCAACCUGGCAGGUGUCUUCGCUGCUGGUGACUGCCGUCGCGGUCAGUCCCUGAUCGUCUGGGGUAUCAACGAAGGCCGCCAGUGCGCUCGCGACGUCGACUCCUUCCUUACCGGCUACGGUACUUCUCUGCCCGUCACUGGUGGUAUCGUAAAGCGCCCACCCUACGAGGCUAUGCACAAGCACCGCGCUGCUCCUAACGAGAAGCUGGUCGUGAAUAUGUUACCCCGUACCGGCUGGCAUCAGACGUGUCGUCGCCCUCUGCAAGGGCCGACAAGGAUCGUACAUCCGACACUUAGAGCGACAUGUAAACCAAGCAGUCUAGGUUGUCGAAGACCGUGGACUGUCCCUGCUCGCUAUGUAACUGGACUACAGGCUGGUGAAGACAAAACCGGUCACAUCAGCGCAGGACCUAACGAGGGCAUCCUCUUCUUCAACAAUGUAUUUCCUAUUCAGAUUCGCAAGGUACUAGGUCUCCCGUUGCCCGGGAUACUAGAUCGCCUCAUCAGUCCGACCAUAUCUGGCACCGACCCUAAAGCCGUCAUUGAAAGAGCGAGUGCGAAACGAAACUUGCAGAUUACUGGCACGGAGGUACUUCCACGGAUGCGAGAAGGAGGAGCGUUUGUCAAGUUCACUCACGACGGAAAUGCUUCUGCUUCUGAGAUUGAAAAAGUGCUUCAAGAGUACCUAAGAGACGAACCAGUCAAACCAUGGUGGAGUCCAUGGAAGAGGAUGCGCGCGAAGAUGGUCAAGGGAAAACCAUGGGUUGAGGAUCUCAUGCGUCUCCCAGCUUCACGUCUGCGAGUUGAGUUUGUCUCUGCUGAGGCAGGUGUGCCAGCAUCCGACGCUAUAGAAAUGAGCCAAGAACAGCUCUUCCAGUUCUUCAGGCCAUACGGCAAGCUAUCAGACAUCGUUAUGCAGCCUCCCGACUCGAAAGUACUCCCAAAGUUCGCAUAUCUGGACUAUUCUAGCAUUGGAAGGGCUAUCAUGGCCAGGAACUGUAUGCAUGGCUAUCUUGUGUCAGAAGCUGAAGGAGGUGGCAAGAAGGGCACAAUCUUAAGGCUGAAGUACGAGCAGAAGAUCAAGCCUCGAUAUAUCAGAGACUGGAUCUUUGGCCAUCCCCGCAUCAUUAUCCCGAUUGUAGCUGCUCUUAUCGCUGGUACCGUUGCCAUCAUCUUUGACCCUAUCCGAACGUUCUUUGUGAAAGCCCACAUCACGCGCAACUUCCACAUUGAAGACAACAAGUGGUACCAGUGGAUCAAGGGAUAUGCCACAGAUAUCAUUCACGGUGGCAAUAAGCGUGAUGACGAUGACAGCAUGGAUGCUAUCUGGGAUGAUAGGAAAGAUGACAUUGAACAAAUCAGAACUUGGUUGAUGGAGACUGCUGACACUUUCAUCAUUGUCCAGGGUCCUCGAGGCUCUGGUAAGCGCGAACUUGUCGUUGACGAGGCCUUGGAGGAUAAGAAGCUCAAGCUUGUGAUCGACUGCAAACCUAUCCAGGAGGCCCGAGGCGAGAGCGCCACCAUCAAUGCUGCAGCGUUAUCUGUUGGCUAUAGACCUGUGUUCAGUUGGAUGAACAGUAUAUCCGGGAUGAUCGACAUGGCUGCCCAGGGUGCUACAGGUGUCAAGACUGGCUUCUCCGAGACUCUUGACUCUCAACUCAGCAAAAUCUGGAACACUACGACCUCGGCGCUACGACAAAUCGCUUUAGACACGCGUCAUAAGAACGACAAGGAUGCGCACUUGGGAGACGACGAGUGGCUCGAAGCACACCCAGAGCGCAGGCCUAUCGUUGUAGUUGACAACUUCCUGCAUAAGAGCCAGGAAGGCGGUAUCGUCUAUGACAAGAUUGCAGAAUGGGCCGCCCGUCUCACAACGACAAAUGUGGCCCAUGUUAUCUUCUUGACCAACGAUGUCGCCUUCAGCAAAUCGCUCUCCAAGGCCAUGCCGGACCGUAUGUUCCGUCAAAUUUCUUUGUCCGACUGCAGCCCUGAGGUAGCGAAGCGGUUCGUUAUCACGCAUCUUGACGCCGAUGUUGAGGAUGACCCAGCGCCAAAGGACGGCUCACCCAAGAAGCUGCCUUCUGAGCACCGCAACGACCUUGAUGAGCUCGACACUUGUAUUGAUUUGCUGGGCGGCCGCCUUACCGAUCUUGAGUUCUUGUCCCGACGCAUCAAGACUGGUGAGACACCCACCAAGGCUGUGCACGAGAUCAUCGAUCAGUCAGCUUCUGAGAUUCUCAAGAUGUACAUCUUUGGCGCAGAGGAUGAAGGCGGAAACCGACACUGGAACGCUGAGCAAGCCUGGUUCCUCAUCAAGGAGCUCGCCCGGAAAGAAAGUCUAAGAUACAAUGAAGUUCUCAUCGACGACAUUCUGAAGACUGGUGGCGAAUCCGUCCUCCGCGCCCUCGAACAGGCUGAGCUCAUUACCAUUGUCUCUGGUGCGAAUGGGCGUCCAUCUAUCAUCAAGCCAGGAAAGCCUGUCUACCACCCCGCUUUCAAGCGCUUGACUGAGGACAAGGUGCUGAAGAGCCGCUUGGACCUUGCCAUCCUGACGCAUUUGACAAAGAUUGAGAACGCGACGAUUGACAAGUGCGAGAACGAGUUGUUGUUGCUGAGCAAGCUAAAGAACCAGCCUGCACAGACAUCUGGGCGUAUCAACUAUCUGUUGACAAAGUUGAUGACUAGUCAAAACAAGGUGGAGAAGUACGAGACGGAGAUCAAAGGACUGAAGAAGCGGCCCGCGCAUCUUCUUGUCCUUCUCAUCGCCCUUUGCAAUUCCCCCCAAAUCUUUUCCUCACAUUUCGGCGCAAUGGCACCAAUAGCAGAUACCGUGGUCGAUGACCUCAAGAGCACCGUCAACAGGCUCGAGAAGCGCAUCGCUGAGCUGGAGAACAAGCUGUCUGGCCAGAGUGGGGGUGCAUCAACGUCGGCGGAGAGCGUCAGGAUGAUCUUGAUGGGACCACCCGGUGCUGGCAAGGGCACACAAGCGCCGCGAAUUAAGGAGAAGUUCUGCGCAUGCCAUCUUGCUACCGGAGACAUGCUACGCGCUCAAGUCGCGGCCAAGACAGCCCUCGGUCGGGAAGCGAAGAAGAUCAUGGAUGCCGGCGGUCUGGUUAGUGACGAGAUCAUGAUCAACAUGAUCAAGACUGAGCUCGAGGGCAACACCGAGUGCGCCCAGGGAUUCAUCCUCGAUGGCUUCCCACGAACAGUAACCCAGGCCGAGAAGCUCGACGGCAUGCUUGCUGCGACCAAGAAGCCCCUUCAACACGCCAUUGAACUGCAAAUUGACGACGGCCUCCUCGUCUCGCGUAUCACUGGCCGCCUCGUUCACCCCGCAUCCGGCCGCUCCUACCACAAGAUCUUCAACCCACCCAAGGCCCCCAUGACCGACGACGUAACCGGUGAGCCGCUCAUCCAGCGCUCCGACGACAACGAGGACACGCUCAAGAAGCGUCUCUCGACCUACCACGCUCAGACCGCGCCCGUGGUUGCAUACUACCAAAAGACGGGUAUCUGGAAGCCCAUUGACGCAAGUCAAGAGCCAGGCCAGGUAUGGAAGAGCCUGCUCAAGAUCUUCGAUGACAAGGCCAUGGUUGCUGGACGAACAGGCAGCUUGCUCAACAAGCAUACCACACCACGCGUGUUCGCACACAUCGCAACCAUGUCAAGUAGAUUCAGCAGCCGCGCCGACGCGCGCGACGACCUCUUCUCCUCCUACAACCGCAGCGCCUCACCCUCGAAAUCAAAAAACAAAGCUCGCGCAAGCCCUUACAAUGCUGCUGGCGGCUACGGCUACACACCACCUUCCUCCGCCGACGGGCCAGGCUUUGGCGCAUAUCCUGGUGCUGGUGGGAGCAAGGCGAAUGGAAGCUUAUAUCCUGGGAGCGGAGGGGGCAGUUAUGGAGGUUAUGGUGUAGGGGGCGGAAGGGGGAGUGAUGAUGGAAGGGAUGGCAUAUAUCGGGCUGCGACACCCAACUCGAGGGGACAGUACUCUGCGGCUGUGUUGGAUGAGUUGGAGAGCCAGAACGAUGAGCAUGUUGGUGUGCUGACUAGCAAGGUCAAGAUGUUGAAGGACUUGACCCAUCUCAUCGGCGAUGAAAUCCGCGAUUCCACCACUCUCGCCGAGAAAAUGAACGAUCAGUUUGAGAAUUCAAGACAUAAGAUCAAGGGUACCAUGAAUCGUGCGUAUCAGAUAACUUUCACUACAGCGUUGCGCUCAACUGCAUACUCUGGUGACGCUUCCUCAAAGGGCUUGCGAUCAACUCGGUCCUGUGGAAUGAUUUCCGUGAAGAGACCUAUCCUCUCGAAUUCGCCGUCAUACCUGUGGCCAUUGAACUUCCAAGGUCGUAGGUUUCUCUUUACCAAUACCAUAUACCAUAUCAUUUCUUUAGACUCAACUUCCCCCUGA